UGCACGGUGUGUCUCAUUUAUUAUUGUGAGAACACUUUUUUGGUCCUAUACAUAGAAUCCAUUUGAGAGAGAGAUACAGGCCUCAAAGUAGAAGACAGAUAGAACAUAACAAGAGAAUAGCCUGUAGCCAUGCAGAGAAAAGGGCACUUUGUAUUAAUCCAUGGAGCCUGCCAUGGAGCCUGGUGCUGGUACAAGCUUGUGAGCCUACUCCAAACGCUUGGUCAUCAAGUCACUGCCUUGGACCUUGGUGCUUCCGGAGUUGAUCCCAAGCGGCUCGAAGAGAUUACUUCUUUUUCAGAUUACUUGCAGCCAUUGACGGAUUUCUUGGCUUCUCUUCCUGAUGAACCUGAUCACAAAGUCAUUCUUGUUGGUCACAGCUAUGCUGGUCUCUGUAUAUCUAUAGCCAUGGAAAGAUUUCCCAAGAAAAUCUCCGUUGCAGUUUUUAUUUCGGCCUAUAUGCCUCAUCAUAGCUCUCCACCAGGGACUCUCAUACAAGAAUACUUUAAAAGGAUCCCAGAGGGGUCGUUAAUGGAUUGCCAGUUCACAUUUGAUAAAGGCAUGGAGAAGGCGCCAACUUCAGCACUCUUCGGUCCAAAAUUCAUGAAGGCCAAAGCUUAUCGACACUGCCAAUUAGAGGAUUUGGAGUUGGGCAAAAUGUUGGUUAGGCCAAGUAGGCUGUUCUUGGAGGAUUUGGCCACUGAGAAUUUAUUAACAGAAGAAAAAUUCGGGUCUGUGGAUCGAGUUUUCAUUGAAUUAGAAGACGAUGAAGUGAUGAUGGAAGAGUUCCAGCGAUUGAUGAUUCAGAAAUCUCCAGCCAAAGAAGUGAAGGUUAUUAGAGGAGCCGGCCAUAUGGCCAUGCUUUCCAAGCCCAAAGAGCUUUGCCAGCUUUUACAAGAGACAGCAGAAAAAUUCUGUUGAAUAUUUUAAUUGUUUAAGCAAUUACCAUUUAUGCUAAUUAAUUAAUGAUAUAAAAAUCUCUGGAUUUCUUUUCCAUUUUUGAUGAUAUAUUUUAGAAAUUGUCCAAAAAACAUGACGUAAUAUCACUUAUAAUCACAAUAAAUAAAAAUAUAUUCACAUAAUCUUAUUGAUUUUGUUUUUAAUAUUUAAGGAAGCUAUCAGUUGACAGAAUACAUAGCUGUUGAUAUUUUAAUAUCAUAAUCACUUUUCAUAUUGGAAUCAAUGAUUUAUGAUAAUGUCAUAUUGAUAUUUCGUGAUAAUUCCUACAUAUUAUUACCAGCUAUUAUUUCGUUACUAAAUGUUUAAAUCUGAAAGAUUUUUAGAAUUUGUAAAAAGAUAAGACCGACAAUUAGUGGGAAUAUCGCAUUCAAAGAGAUUGCGUUUGAUU